AUGUCUCAUAGAACUCUUUUUCGUGACAUAACAUGUCGGAAUACAUUCAUUUGCCAGUCAUGCCAGUCGACUUUAGGCUCUUCAGCCCCGCCGCCAUGGGCCAUUCGACAUAGCUCUCGCGUGGCCCAACUGGGAGUACGGCCUCGACCUGGUGCCCAGAACACACAGCGCAAAUCUUCCCCGACGCAAUCCGCCCGAACUGACGCCGAUCCCAACAAAGCAGCUGCCGACCUUCUCAAGGAACUGACACAAAGGAAAACGGGCGAGCCUAUUUUGAAGUUCUUCGAGAAGAGUCAAUCCGGCAAGGUCGAGCAGCUGGGGGGCGAAGAUGCAUUUACGGACUCUUUGGGUGGCAUGGCCGAGCUGGAGAAGGAGUUGAAUGUGAAUUUCGCGGCUGACAUGCGGCGUAUGCUCUCUCGACUUCAGAACGAGGGCGGCUUGGGUGCUUUGGGAAUCAAUGACGUCGAAUCGAUUGCGAACGAUUUCGAGGGGAAGCUCGGGGAUACCAAGAACCCCGAAGAGAUGAUGGAGAACUUGGAUACAUAUAUCAAAGACCUGGAAAGCCAACUCGAGGCAGCAGGGUUCGACGUGGGGGAAUUCGAUGACUCUAACCCCGUGGCAACGAUGGACGUCAUAGAGGCGACUGCUCGCGAGGAUCCCUCGAAACGAAAGAAGAACCCUCGAAUCCCGCAGAUCCCUGAGAAGGCAUGGAGCUUCAACCAGCGAAAGCGGAUCACACGAUUGAAUGCGCUCCUCUCGCGAACGACCAAGGAGAUGCGAAGGGGGGAAGACGUCACGGCGAAGACUGCCCAGUCGGUCUGGAAGACGUACAGCGCGGCGCGGCAAUCUCUAGCAAAGGCUUGGGCGCAUGUCCCUCAAGACGUAUGGAAUCUGCUGUGGGACAUCUUGUCGCUGGACGGUGCGCACAACCCCAGUCGUCUCACAUACCUUUCGCUACUAGCAAGAGACAUGAGUGAAGCGAAAGUUGCUUUGAGCCCGUCGCAACAGCUGGUCACAGUAGAAGCUAUGUUUGUGGAUGGAUGGGAGGCUAAAGCCAUCGAAAAUUGGAAGAGAUGUAUGUCCACUCUUGGAGACAGCGGGGCCGACACUUUCAAGGAGUUCUGGGAGCUUGGAGUGCGCAUGUUCUGCCAACAAGGCGAACUUGUGCAGGGAGAGCGCGCGGUGAACAAGUUGCUCGAGCGUCAACUCGACCCACGCAUUUUGUUGCCGUACAUCAGGAGCUGCGCAGCAAAUCCAAAGGUAGAGGCAAGGGCAAAGGCCUGGGACGCGUACCGUCGGAUGAGAGACCUUCUUGGCUCUUCGAUGGGGCUCGAGGACUACGAUCAGGUGAUUUCCUUCUUUUUGACGACAGGACAGACGGAAUACGCUCUGCAAGCCUUCGUCGAUAUGAUGAGCUCUGGUACGGUCCAGCUGGGUGGACGAGAACGAUUGCCUUCUCAGAUCGGCAACAAAUUUUUCUUUGGCAAGUGGCUGAAACGACUUAUCGGUGCUGGAGACCUCGAUGGAGCGCACAGCGUUUUCGAAUUUAUGCGCUUCAAGGGCAUCGAAGCGGCCAGCAUUCAGGUGAACGGGCUCAUCGGCGCCUGGCAAAGGUCAGGCGGCGCCAACAACCUGGAGAGGGCGGACAAGCUGGCAUGGAACAUGAUCAAUGCUCGCAUUGACUUCGUCGAGAACCGACGUCGACUUUCAACUAUGCAAGGGCCAGUUCGCACAGUCGAAGUGACUGGGAAUGCCAGGAUGGCUGCCAUGCCCAAAGCCACGCUCGAGACCUUCUCUCUGCUCGCGGAGAAUUAUCGUCUACGAAACCUUCAUGGUGACCUAGCGAAGUUAUGGGACGCCUUCAGGGAAGCGGAGAUAAGCCCGGACGCCUUCAUGAUGAACCAACUACUGGAGUCAUACUCCCAGAACGGCAACAUCUCUGAGGCACGCCAGCUAUACCGGACGCUCGUGUACGAGCGCCAGGUGAAUCCGGACCCCUACACUUUCAUGGCAUUGUGGAAGAUGCUUGGUGUCAACCGGCUGCACAAUAUCGCUGGCGACGAGCUUGCCGACGAAGUCAGAAUCACGCGCGAGACUUUUGCAGAAAUGGUCCGCUUCUCAUCCCUUUUCAAACCCGACGGUCUCGACGGCCAGCUCGCGAGGAAAAUUCUCCACACCUUCCGCCGGCUCAAGGAUAAGCUAGGUCUCGUCGUCGCCCUCCAAGCCUUCAAAACCGUCUUCGACUUCACUCCGCCAGAGGUGUUGGCCCUCGAGAUGAUGAUGGAGACCACGAGUCUUGCGUGGGAGACGACACAGGCACGACAAAAGCUUCGUCUCGUGAAGCGCAAGAUUGACGCGCACGUCGAGAGCCGACAGAAGUUCAUUGGAGGGUCUCUGACUCUUGACGAGAUGACACCGAAGCAGCGUGGCGAGGAGUACUCUCACUACUUGCAGACGUCUUACAUGCACGACAUUGGUGAGAUGCCAGAUGGCCAUGUGACACAGGUGGCCAAGGAGAUGGGUGUGCACGAAAUUUUGGCAGGUCAAGGGGCCUGA